AUGGAUUUACCUUGUCCCGUAGAAAUAUAUGUUGAAGCAUUCGGGAAAUACGUCGCCCAAAAUGUCAUCCGACAUAAAGGUGGUAAACGAUUCAAAGCUCCAACAGAAGCAAAGGAUAAAAGAUGGAUUGCACAAAAGAAAAAAUAUGUAUUGCCAAAUUUAGCGAGGAAAAUUCAACUACUAGAUGAAAAAUUAAGACGUGCCAAUGACAAAGUCCCAGUAGAUGAUGUUUGGUUCAAAUUAUUCUAUAGCCCUACAAUUCAUGAUUUUAAUGAAGCCAUUGAAAUGCAUCGAGAGUUUGCAGACCCCUCUAUGCUAGAUAACAUGGAAGGUCUCGUUCAAGUUACCUUUCGACUUGACUUUACUACAUCUAAAAAGACAAAGUUUAUCAAACGUAUUAACAACAUUGUUGCCAUGUCGCACUGGUUUGAUGAUGGUAACCCUGACAACAGAGUAAUUGCAUUCAGCAAGGAUCCUGCCUUACAUGAAGUGGCGCUACAGGAAGGUGCCAUACAAGCAGGAGGAAGUGACAUCAUUAGUCAGAUAGAGAAUGGAUUGAUCAACAAUAGUGAUUUUGACCAUGUGGUGUGCACACCCGAUAUUGUCACAGAUCUAGUUCCAAUUAGGAAGAUAUUGCGAGAUACUUUCCCCAUGCAGCCUAAGGGUAGCUUAGGAUUGGACAUGAAAGAGAUGGUUCACAGAUUCACAAAGGGAAAGACAUUUAACUCAUUUCCUGGAGACUCCGAAGCAGAGGGUUUCUUAACAGUUACAAUAGGAAGGCUCGACAUGGCAACUCAACAACUUCAUGCAAAUCUGGAUGCUUAUGUUAAAGCUAUUGCUUCAAUGAAACCAGGAGGUAGAUUUAUUUUGAACUCAGUGAUGACCUGUCAUCCCUCCCCUGAGAUGUUCCCUAUUAAGAUAGAUGAUUUACUACCAGAAGUGAAACGUCAAGUUAAAGCCAAGAAGGCUAAGGACACUAAAGACAAUGAGGACAUUAAAGACAAUGAAAAUGUAGGAGAAAGUUGUGUAAAUGAAGAGAAAGCUGCAAUUGCAUCAGCAUCAUGAUAAUUUUCACAUCACCACCAUGUGGUAGCAUUGGUAGUCAUUGGUUUUCAACCAUGUUGCUAAUAGAUAAUGUGCAUACCAAGGG